AUGCCUCGAAAUUUUGAAUUUAUCAAAUCACUUAAUGAUGAGUUUUUUCUUACCGUGCGAAGAGCCCAUUUAAUAAACUUAUAUGAGUUACUUGUAACUUCUCUUAGUGCUAAAAAUUAUUAUCGAGCUAACCGUAUCGUUGAAAUUUUAUUACAAUGUCCUGAAGUUGACGUUACUCAUGUUUGGAAGGCGGCUAUAGAUGUGUUAAUACACCUUGGGAAUGCUGAAAAAUCAUGUAUAGAUUUUUUCAACCAAAUGUUAUUGCAUACAAAGUGUAAGGAAGAGGUAUUGCUAGAAUUGAUUUCUUUUCAAUUGUAUUCUGGCAAGCCACGAGAGGCACUUGAAAUUCUUGAGACAUAUCUGACACAGCAACCAUACAAAGAUAACCCACUUAUUUUUGGUUAUACUGGCAUGCUUGCUUUCGCAUUAUGGGAACAGACAAAUGCCAUCAUUAAUGAUUUCGGUGCUACCAGGCCGACAAUCAAUCAAAUAAAUGAAGGUGUAAAUGAAAGACCCAUCGUAAAUGAUCUUGAAUUGUAUGUCGAGCAACAAGAAAAGUAUUACGAAUUAAGUAUUAGUUCUCUAAGUAUGGCGUUAGAGAUGGAUAAGUCAAAUGAUAUGUUCCUCGUAUUAUAUACGAAGAUAUUAUUAGCUAAUGAUAUGGUUGAUGAAGCCUUAGAUAUUGUACGAAGUUUUUGUGAUCAAAAUCCUCAUACUGUUGUUGGUUACAGGCUUUUGUUCAAUAUUCUAUACGAGCAUCGAAAUGAAGACACUAAGUGGGUCCAAGCUGGAAAAUUAUAUCACCAGAUGGAUCCAGUUAGCCCGCCUGAAGCUGUGCUAAAUCCUCUAAUAAAAUAUUAUGAAAGCGUAAUGGCCACUCAAACCUCUGCUACGGAUCAAAGGUCAUCAGCUGAAGUGCAUUACAACAUAUUGGAACUAUUGUUUCAACGAAUUGAAAAUGGAGAUGAUGAAUUUGAGUAUGUGAAAGACGCAAUCGUCCAUUUUACAUGGUUAGA